CCACUACACUCACAUUAAAUAUUAUCUUUUUGCUACAUACAGCUGAUGAGGACUCGUCUGCGGAGAAUAUAUAUUUAGAGUGAUGGCGGAGGGGAGAGGAGGAGAUGUCGUCUCUGAGUUUCUCAGUCAGAAUCCACACCUGGAGAACUGGGUGGAAUCUUUAAGAGGACCCUGUGAGACAAACAAACAGUGGCACGCCAGAAGAGAAUUUGUUCUGCGCAACAUGGAGGUCUUUCCUACCAUCCAACCUGGGAUCCCAAGUUCUAGUUUGGACAGACUUCUGUCUCUGUCCAUGGUUUGGGCCAACCACGUGUUUUUGGGCUGUCGGUAUCCACAGCCUGUAAUGGACAAGAUAAAUGAGAUGGCAGAAGGAAUCACUGUGACUGAGGCCCCUGUGCGAAAAACUAGAGAUGAAAUCAUGGGGAAAACAAAAAGACCUGCAGUUUCAGCAGUGGAAGCUGAUUACCAGAACAAGAAGGCUAAACCCAAUGAUACAGAUGUUAAAGCUCAUGUGAAGAGUGUUGGGCAUCCAGCUGCCAGUGCUCUGAAAUCGGGCCCUCCGCCGGGGGCUCCUGCAGAACACCAGCCCUUUUUUAAUCGACUCUAUAAGGCAGUUGCUUGGAAGCUUGUAUCUGCUGGUGGCUUUGGCCCCAACCUGGAACACUUUGAAAUCUUGCGCAGUUGUGUGGAAUCAUGCAAGGCCAGUCUUAACUGUGUGUUUGUUCCACUCAAAGACAUUCCUGACCUGCCUACGGGACGUACCCAGAAAGAAGGCCAGGUUUGUGAACUGCGCUGCUGCACCGUCUACAUGGGUACGGGCUACGGGCGUGAUGAGGUUGCCGCCAGGGCAAUGGCCUCCAAAGAAGCACUCAAAGUGUUUCAAGGGCAAAAAGUGUCAGUGAAAGUUUGCCGCCGCAGAUUCAGAGGACGAGACGUUGACGAUUUGGCUCUGCUGGAUGAACAGUCCAGGAGCCAGGUUUUCCCUCCAGCUCUCAGCUACCCCUUUCAGGAAGACCAGUAGAGCUUCAUUCUGUCACCAUGAUAUAAAGUUGUAGAUUCAGUUGUGGCAACCAUGGAGAUGGUUCUCUUUUCACUGCAGUUCCAAAGAGUUUCAUUUGUUCAGAUUUCAGAAUGGCACUAUGGGGAAAGACUGGCAGGUUUAUAGUUGUUUGUAAAAGUGACUAAGACAAAAAAUAGUUUUGUGCCUUGUAAAAUGCUUAUGAUGCUUUCGCUUUAGAGGCUUGUUUGUGGUUUAGAUGGUUUAGAUCUUCACGGUUGUUAAACAUCCAUUUACUGUGGUUAUAGUUCAGUCCGACCUUAAAAAAUGUUUGUGGCUUCAAAAGCUGCUAGUAUUUAUUUCUAAAGCAUUA